UUCGCUUAAAUGUAAGAACCACAAACUAAAUAAAUAUUAUUUUAAUUAAAUUUAGGGAAACACAAAUUAAAUUUUCAAUCGGAAAUAGCUGUAAAUAAUGCCAAAAUUAGAUUUCUAAGACAAGGGGGACAAGUGUGAACUAGUUAUCAUGUCAACAGUUAUAUGUUUAGGCUUUACAACACAAAUUUAUGGACGUCCUAUAGGAUACCAUAACAUUCUGAAACGAUGGGGAGCAGGUUACCAACAAAUUAUUAAGAAACAUUGUCAUAUUAACAAAAGUAAUAAUAAAGGGACACCAGAACAAAUACGUUUAGGAGAGUUUCAAGGAUCAUCAAGUGGGGAGACGGGCACUAAUAAUACUGGUGUGAAUAAUGGAUUUUUUAAAGUUAGUGAUUUUGUUAACGCAUUGGAAAAGGAUCCAAAUUGGAAAAAAAUGCAAAGAAUGUAUGAAAAUGAAAUAAAGAAAAGUGCACAAAAUAUUAAAUUUAAUAAAAAUAAUAAUAAUGGAGAUCUAAAACAACGUAAAUAUUGUACGUCUACACAAAAAUGGAACGUCCAUCGAAUGUUACACACAACAAAUGUAUUAAAAGACAUCCAACGUUAUUACAACAAAUUAGUUUACUCAAAUCUAACGCAACCAUCAAAUUGGACAAAUUCGUAUCAACUUUGGCGAGUUUUAAAUCAAACCGUCGAACGAACCAAGGCUAGCGAUCAACAAGAAAUUAAAAACGAUUCAAACUUAAAACAUUAUUUUAUGUGGUCACCAUUUUUAAUCAAACAAAAGUUUUAUCAAACUACUCAAACCAUACAAGCGAUCACAAAAUCAAUACGACAGAACUUACGAAAUAAUAUCAAUCGUCGUAUCCUAUUACGAAAGCUUCGACGAUUCGAAUUUUUGGUAAAAUUAUUUAUGCAACGAAUCGAUCGUAUGGUGGAACGUUUCGAUGAACCUCGAAAAGUACGUUUGAUUAAAUUGUUAGAUGUGUUUGUGAGUAAAUUAAAAAGUAUGAAUUGUAAAAUAUGGCGAAUGUAUCGUGUUGUUAACAGUAUGUUUAAUUCCGUUGCAAAUCUAUUGAUUAAAAUGAAUAAAUGGCGUAAACAACAUUUAGCAUCAGAUAAAGUAUACAAUAAUCAAAUAGUAAUGAAUGCAAAUCGAUUAAUUAAAAGACAUCUCAUCCAGAAUAAUUAUUAUAAACAAGAGAUACAUUAUUUUAGUCAAUUUCCUGGACGGAUUCUUCGUCAAACCAAACAAAUAAUUGGGAAAACCAAAACUAAAUAUAUUCUAGCAGCCCCCAAGUACAUUCUUAAAUCAGCAGAUGGCACUAAAAUAGCAACUAAAACUGUUUCAAACUCAAUGAAAAUGAAUGUGACUUCGAACAUCUUGUUCAAAUACGAUUUAACAAGGAAAGACAGCAUCGAGAACAUAUUUAAAGAUCAAAGUAAUCGUGGGUCAUUAUCUACGUCAACCAACAAAGGUACCAGAUCACCAGAAAAGAUACGACUUAGUAUUGAAAACGUGAUAAAAAAUUUAAAUAUCGUUGCGCCACCAACACGACACAGAACAAAAUGGAAAUCAGCAACGGUAGCAGCUUCACAACAAGAUUUAUAUUUUGAAAAAGCCAUACCAUUUAAAUUGAAUGUUAGGAGGGGGGAGACAAAGAAACGUGUGAUCAAACGAAAAAUUGGUUUAAUGAAUAUUAAUGGAAAAUUAGCUGAAACAACAUCUAGUAGUGUGAAUGCAACCUCAGCUCCAAAAAGUUCUCAAUCGAUUCAAGAAUUUAAAUUUGAUCGUACAACAAAAAUUAAUGAUUCGUUGCCAAUUAAGAAGGAAUCAAAGGUUUUGAAGACAGCUGAGAUUGAUUCUAAUAAUUGCAGCUGUCAACCACUUCAAGAAUUCAAAGUUGGUGUUAACGCAACAAAUAGUUGUAGUGAUUUGAAUGCAGCCUCUACUGAAUGCCUCCAAUUUCAAUGUAAUGACGAGUUAGUAUCCAAAGUAUUGAAUUCAUCCAGAAGUAUUUCACAGUUCAUGAGUGCUACUAAUUUAUCUACAGAAGUCAAUAUUGUAGAUAAAAUUGAUAAAACUAAUCAAAAAUCACUUCAAGAUAAAGAUUCUUUAAUCAAAUUAAAUAACGAUGAUUCACAUAAGGCUUCUAACGAUUCUAAAGAAUCCAACGUUUUCAAAUCAAACGAAUCUAUGAGUGAUUCACAUUUAAAAUCAAGCAUUUCGAAAUCGUUUAACAGUGAUUCACGUAUGGAAUCAGACGCCUCGAAAGUAACUAAUAAUGAUUCACGUAUGGAAUUAAACGUUUCGAACCCGGUUAAUAACGAUUCAUGUAUGGAGUCAAACUUUUUGAAAGCAUCACAAAAGGAUUCAAUAGAUGGUACGGCUAGCACUGACGACUCAUUAAAUGUUUUCAAUAUAAAUGCAAGUAAAAAUAAUUUAUCAAAAGAAGAACCAGCUGCAAUAUUGAAAACCAUUUACAUGGGCAAGGAUUUUAAGGAUGUGAAAAUAAAAACGAGCUGUAUCUCACACAUUGAAUUACCAAAGGACGCAGAUGAAACCAAUUGGACCCAGACACAGACACAACUCGCAGAUGCAAAGUCACAAAAUGAUGAGAAAGUCGAUAAAAUCCAUGAUAUUCGAAAUUCAGGUAUGAAUACAAUUCAAGAAGAAUCCUCACGUACAGAUUCCAAAAAAGAUUUGGAUACAGCGGAUACCGUAACGUUUUCAUCACUUAAAGUAUUCAACAUGGCUGCAGAAGGGAAUAACGUUGAACAAUUGAAGAAUGCCGGUACAAGGAGUUCAUUAAACGAUGAUGAUGACAUUAAUUCUGAUAUAAAGUAUUGUACUUGUAAAGAGAAACGAAAUGUUGACGAUGACGAUGUUAUUAAUUCUAAUAUAAAAUAUUGUACUUGUAAAGAGAAACUGGAAGGAGAAGAAGCCUUGAUUGCAACGAAUUCAAAUCAACCAACGAAAUAUACGAUAGCUAGCGAUAGCAAUAGUGAAAUUAACACCAACAUGGAGAAGAUACAAAACAAAGUGGAUUCAUUUAAAAAAUCCACAAGAACAAUCAUUAAUAAACAUAAAGAAUCCAUUUCAAAUCCAAUAAAAUCUGUGGAAUCUGUUGUGAGAGCAAGCUGUUUGAAUGCAAGUCAAAAAGAGUUCAUCCAAAACAAUGAAAUGUUUCAAACAACAUCAAAAUCAAGCUUGAAACAAGAAUCCAUAAUCAACCAAAAACUUCCAUCAUUCACACCAAAAGAAUCCAUAGAUUCUUUACAAAAAGAAUCGAUUAUUAAACAUGAAGAAUUUUCAUCACAAUCUGUAUCAGAUAAUAAGGAAUCUGUAACAGAUUGUGAUAUUAAAAAGGAAUCAUUGUCGUUGGAAGAGAACUUUACAAAUGAUGAUGAAUGGGAUAUUGAAAUCCGACGAAUACAAUUGAACGAUUUAAAUCGUAUCAAUCCAAAUGAAUUGGAUAAUUAUGUGUGUACGGUGAUCAUGCCUCAAGAGAUCAAGAGCAUUGAACAGCUAUCAAAUAUUAUUACACCAUUGACCAAUAUCAAACAGAUCAAUCAACAUCAAUAUUCAGCAAUGAUUGGCAAAGAAACUAAAAUUAAAACCAAUAAAUCUGAUAUACGUUUAACUACUAUAUGUAACAAGAACAAGAACAAGAAGAAAGAACGAAUUGAAGAUGUUAAAGUGAAUAUCAAAAUAAAUGAUGAGACGAACAUACUGAAAUCAGCAACAAUGGCAUUAAAUAAUAAAAAUAUGACAUUGUUGUCACGACAAUGUAACAUUCAAGAAUCAGAAACAACCAAAAAACAUUUGGAGAAUGUUAAGAAUGCUGGCAAAGAAUUAGAAAUACAAUAUUUAUGUGAACGUUGCAAGGAUUCCAUUAACUACUUGAACACACUGUCACGGAUCUCAACCGAUGCGUUAACAAUAUUAGAACGUGACAAGUUAAAUCAAAUAUUAGCUUCGAUAUCGAAAAAGUGUAAUGUUAUUAUUACGAAAUUUGAACCAGAAAAAGCGGAAGGUACAGUGCCACCAGUGGCCCAUUAUGAUAAUAUUAAUAUUUAUCAUCAACCAGAAACUAUGUCCUUGAAAUCACAUGGGUCUGGACGUAGACCAGCGUCAUUUUUGAAUGGGAACGUAUUAAGUAAAAUUGAAUAUAAAAAUGUUGAUUUAUCUAUAUUUGAGGAUUCUAAAACCUUAUCAAGAACAAACCUGGAUGCGGAGGAGGUGGAAGGGAGCACAGAUUUAAAUAAUCUGAGUACAACAAAUCAAGAAUCAAAUGGAAAGAAUUUGGUUGAAUAUAAAAAUGUUGAUUUGAUUGUAACCAAAUAUGAUGUUAAAGGGAUCGAAACUAAUCAGCACAUCAUGACAAUUGAUAUCGUUCAAAAAGCAACAGAUUCAAAAUCAUGUACAAAUGAAAAUGAAGAAAAUGAACCAAAUGAACGUGUAGUCGAUGACCCAAUAUAUAAAUUUAAAGAAAAUGGAAGCGAUAAAAAUCCACAACACGCACAUUCACAGAAGAAACCAUCAAAAAAAUCCAAACAUGGUGAUCAUCCUCAAACGCACACCUUGUCAAAUGUUUUUAAAAAGUCAAUGAUUGAUGACGAGGAUCAAGAUGGCGUCACUAACAUGAAGUCAAUUCAAACAGAUAAAGCAUUCUUACCACCGAUCGGUGUUAAAGAGUCCAGAUCCAAGAAACAUUGGAAACCAAAGAAGUGUAACAAAGAUGCACCAGCAAGUUUGUUUGGUUUCUUUGAUGACAUUUUGAAAGGUUUGGCCAGCAAAUUAAAACAAAAACAAGAUUCAGAUUCAUCACCAUCAAAAUUUGAUAAGUUCUCACAAACGAAUUGUGAUUGUUUGAAUGACUCAAAGAAGGGUCAGGGACGUUUUGAGACAAUCACAGUCGAACCAAUUUUAAUUGAUGUGAAUCCAAGAAUUAUUGUGAAUACGUAUGAUCGAAACCAACCAAGUAUCUUAGAAACUGGCCAAGAUUCAAAUGAUUUGGUUGAAAUUAAAUUGGAUAAUCCAAGUAAUCACGUGCUUGAUACUUUAGUAAAAAUGCAUUGAUUUUUAUUUCCAAAUAUCGGUCCAGUUUUGCUCAAUUGUUUCGAUAUAGAUUGAUUGAUACGCUUGAGAAUCGGAAGAAAGAAGUUUUGUAAUGAUGCAUGCCCCCCCUCCCCGCCCAUUAUUCUUAGAAUCAUUUAAAUGGUAUCCUUCAAAUGGAUUUCAAAACAACAAUCAUCAAAUGUUUUAGUCUGGAGUGGAGUUUGUUUUUUAUACUAACCCAACUCCCCCCCCUUCCCCCUUCAUCUACUAGAACGGAUCA